CCAAUAAUUUGUUAAAUAAUCCAAAUAAUAAUCGGUGGAUAUCGCAACUGAAGUUAUUGUACACCCCCCUUUCCUUUUUUCUCGGUUGCCGUAGCAGCAAGCCACCAUUCGUCAGAUAAUGCCACGGAACUCUUGCGGAGUGGCCGAUUGAAAACUAUUACAGUGUUUUUACGUUUUUAAGUAGUUUGAUAAAUAUUUUUCAUUUAAACAGUUAAAUCCCACCAUGUUGGUGAACUGGGCUUUUUGUAAAUGCCAGUGUAUGUUUUUUGUUAUGUAUUAGCAUUCUUUAGUGGGUAUUGUUUCCAGUGGUUACUUUUUGGUCGUGCAGCAGCGGGUAUAGCAUUUUCCUAUGGAUUUUUUUUUUCGUGUGUGUGUGUUUAUGUUAGCUGGCAGACUAGCCGACUAGUUAUGUUUCACGUCGGAAAACAAGUUCAGUAUUAUCUCGUCUUUACCGAGGAGUGAAGUGUGGUUUGUCUCGGGCUUGAACACACAGUAACUGUCUCACCGCAGUUACACUCCAGGGUAAGAUGAUCGAGGUGGUGGCCUCCAUGGCCCGGGGCCCGGUGUUCCUGGCCGGGGAGGUUAUGGAGUGUCUCAUAACUUUCACCAACCCCAUGUCGCACCUGUCUACCUCUGCCAGCAGUGAGAUGCUGGCGUGGGCCAGUGCCCAGAUACACUGCCAGUUCCAUGCCAGUGAAAGCAGAGUGGCCCUGCCGGCCCAGGGCACCAAACAGGACGUCCAGGCUGAGAGCGACACGGUGCUUAUUCCAAGCAGAGGAGAGCGAGGGCAGUGCAUGCUGGACACACCACCCAAGAUACUAUUUUGUGACCUGCGCCUGGACCCUGGAGAGAGCAAAACCUAUUCAUACAGUGAGGUCGUACCCGUUGAUGGUCCCCCUAGUUUCCGUGGUCAGGCAGUGAAAUAUGUCUACAAACUGACCAUAGGCUGCCAGCGGGUCAACUCACCGAUCAAGCUGCUGAGGGUUCCCUUCAGGGUGCUGGUUCUGCAGGGCAUGCCAGAGCUGCCGUUUACCCAGGACGAGGAGGUUUCCCCCUCCAACCCGUUCCUGGAGGAAGAGGAAGGGAGCCGCAGAGAUGCUCGCCCCCUCGAGAGAGCAUUGGACAUGCUGAUGGUCACCACCUCAAGACGCUGCCCGCACAUGUUCAACAUCACCAACAUGCGAGGGAAAGUAGCAAAGUUCUGCAUCUUCAAGACCAUUUACAGACUGGGGGAGGACAUCAUCGGCACGUUUAACUUCUCAGAGGGCGACAUUCCCUGCUUACAGUACUCGGUGAGCCUGCAGAGCGAAGAGGAGAUCCAGCAGGAGUACCAGCGGCGUCCCGGCCAGGCCGUGAGUGUGACGGGACACGGGCGUCACCUGGAGUCCUGCCUGCACACGGCCUCCAGCCACUUCUCCCUUCCUAUUCCACUCAACGUCACCCCAGGGUUCAGCACAGACAUAGUGAUCCUGAGGUGGCGCCUGCACUUUGAAUUUGUCACUGCCCGAGAGCCGAUGGAGCCGCCCACUGUGCUGCAGAACCAAUCCGAGGUUACGGUUUGGACGGGGGCGGAGCAUGUUGACGUGGAUACCUUCAGCUGGGAUCUGCCAAUCAAAGUCCUGCCCACCAAUCCGGCCCUGGCUUCCUACGUGUCCCAGUUUACAGGGACCAACAGCAUCACCAUCUGAGGGCUGUGUGCAAGAGACUGAGAGUGCGGCCUCAUCAGAGGAAUUAAUAUUGUGUUUCUGAGCUUAUCCACAGAUGUGUUUGUGUGGUCUAACAUCUGUGUGAGUGUGUGUGUGUGUGUGUCUAUGUGUGACAGAGAGAAAGAGAGAUUUUUUUCCAGAAGAAAAAAUGUUGGCUGACCGAAGAUGCGUGCAUUUCAGGAACAAAGAGGAUUUUUUUCUACUGUAUAUGCAGAAUGGAUGGAUUUGGAGAUGGAUUCCAUGUGUAAAGUAUGCAACGUAUAUAUUUUUGUCUUUUUAUUUCUGUAUUGCAGUACACAUUUUGCAGUGCAUCCUAACUUUGAAUGGAUUCCCAAGAGACAUUAGCUUUGUAAAAGUGCAACUAUCUGUGUAGUCGUACAUUUCUGUAUUUAUUUCAUUUUUUGAUCCCUGUCUGCUCUUUCUCAUUAUGUAAAACGGUUUCUUACUCACAACUCUUUUUUACUCUUUAAUGGACUCAUUCAUUCAGCUGGAGCAAAGGCUGUGCUGAGAUGUGAAUCAUGAAUUAAAAGUGUGAUUUAAAGCUGUG